AAAACAAGUGAUUUAGGACCAGCAUUCUUCCUAAACAUUUCAGAGACUCUUUCAAUCUUUUCCUUUCAGAAGUUUCCACUCGAAGGCUUUUAACACUAUUAAAUAAAUGAUAAUACAAAUAUCAAAAUUACUCUCAGAAUCAUCAAGAACUAAUUCGUGCAUUCGUCUUCAUUGCACCUGUUAAUGUGGAAGACAAUGAUUUUCUAACAGACAGGUGUGAGAAGAGAGUUCAUUCAAUUACUUUCAAUGUAAAUACUGAGCACUAGCUUUGACGCAUGUUGCCAGGAUAUCGACUGCAAUAAAAGAGCAACGCAAAGUGUACGAAUUCAAAAUCCCGCUGCUCAUUUGGCGUUCAUACCUCGGCGACAUCUUUAAAGGCAAUCUCACAUCAACGCGCGGUGUUUUCUUUAGCCUUCAAUUUAAACACGGUUUAGAAACGGCAAAAUGCAAAACUGCGAUUGCUGUUGCAAGCAUGUCUACCGGAAAAGGGUCAGUCUCUUGGACCAAGAUUCAAACCGUUUCCUGAAAAUAUCUAAGCUAUAUGCCAUUAAAGAUGAGUUUGAAGAGAGGAUGCAAACAGCAGAAAACGCGCAGAAACCAAGCACGUUCAGCAUUGAUGCCAUUCUUUCAAAGCAAAGUAAAAGUCACAACCAAGACGAUGCGGACAGGCGAGAGAGCAGUCCAGUAAUGCUCAGUGAGCGCAUUUCUAGAAGCAGCCUUCACAGACCGCCUCAUGCACGUGUUGACAUGAUGGGUUCAUGUUGCACCAGAAACCGUCUUCCUUCCAGAACCCAAUCACCCUGCCAUCCCCAUUAUUAUACCUUGUAUCGCCCAACUCGGCUUUUCGACUCCAGUGACCGCAAUCACUUCCAAAAAAGCCCGUUUGAAGAACCAACAAUGGUACCAAUUGGCAAACAAAAUCUGUCUCCUGACCGAUCUGACUGUGUAGAUUGCAGCUAUUCAGAAAUGCGAAGAUUUACUCUGGGCUAUCGUCCGUCUUCCACAACAGGAGAUCAUGACGUCAGCCAACACCAAGACGAAAUGCUCGCAAUGAGCCAUGAUCUGAGGCGAAAUAAGCGAAAAAGAACCAUUUUUACUGCCGAACAACUCGAUCGACUGGAGCAGGAAUUUCAACAACAGCAAUACGUUGUUGGGCAGGAGCGAAAGUAUCUUGCUGUUGAGCUAGGACUUAACGAAAUUCAAGUUAAGGUUUGGUUUCAAAACAGACGGAUAAAAUGGCGGAAGCAGAAAGGCUCAAGAAUGUCUCAAGUCAAUCUUCAGCUGGAAGACUUCUAACUUCGAAUUAGUUGCCGUUACUUUUCAACCAAAAUGCCUCUUCUGUUGUUUAUCUAUAUUUGUUGUUCAUCAGUAUUUCUUUUAAUAGCAAAUUAAACCUAUCUAUCCUGUAAAAAACGAAAUUUUUAGAUUUGGAACUCUGGCCUAAAAUCCCGAAUCGAUAAAGGUUUUCAUACGCAUUUAUAUCAAUACAUGUUGUAGAGUUGAAGUUUCAUUCUCAUUUUAAACUUUGCAUUUAAAGCUUUACUCGGCAGACAAAUCAUUUUUAUGAAUUUGACUUAAAAUUAUGAAUCAAAUAGAAAAUUACUUAGAAGUAUAAGAGGAUAUUCAUGUUGAACGUAGAUUUUCUGUUUUCUCAGCAAAGCCAAGUGGUGAAUGGAGAUAAUAACAGCAUUCUUGCAGUUUCUUUGUUCGAUAUUCGACAGUUUGUAAAUUGACUUCUGUCAAUCAAAGUUAAAAAUGCGUUUUCAACUUUAAUGAUUAUUUUUAAUCGAUGAAGUAAGUAAGUAACGGAGUCAUCAACGUAAUUUCAAUUU